AGGGGUUGUAACGCCUGAAAUUCCAUUUCUUAUUGGUUUUCUUUGAUGGGUAACGGUUGUGGGAAGCUCGGCGUCUGCUUCUCUGGUGCCAGAGGAGUUCGCCGCAGUCACGACAUAGCUCUCGUUAUAUCAGAGCCUCUCGAUGAAGGCCUUGGCCACUCCUUCUGUUACGUUCGUCCCGAUCCUUCUCGUCUCUCCUCGUCCAAGGUUCACUCUGAAGAGGCCACCACGUUCCGUUCCAUCUCCGGUGCUUCUGUAAGUGCCAACACGUCUACUCCUCUCUCUACUGCUUUUGUUGAUCUCUAUUCCUAUGAUAAUAUUGAUCGAGCUGCCGCUUUUGAGGGUUCUACCUCCUUUGCUUCCAUUCCCCUGCAACCCGUUCCCCGGUACUUGAUGAAUUCCGGUCCAUUGUCCGGAAAUUUCGGGGGAAUUAUGGGCUCUGGACCGCUGGAGAGGGGAUUCUUAUCCGGUCCGAUCGUGAGAGGCUUCAUGUCAGGGCCCCUUGAUCGUGGAAUGUUUUCGGGUCCUCUGGAGAAGGGGUUUGAUCAAUUCCAGAGGAGCUUCUCUCACGGGGGUUAUGCGCUUAGACCCAGAUCCAAGAGGGAGUCUUUAAUUCGCGUUCUCCGCCAGAAGAUCACGAAGACGAUCGCUCGCGUUGGAAAGAACGCUAUGGUUGCUCCGGUAAAGGGGGUCGUCUCUGUUAAGGAAUCGGAUUGGGUUGUUGGGUCGGACAAGAACGGGGAAAACCUCACGGUGGUCAGUAGCACUAAUUUGAGCAGUGAUGGGAGCUCGGAUGAAGAUUACUCUUUUCAAAGCCAGAAUCUUCAAUGGGCUCAAGGGAAGGCUGGGGAAGAUCGAGUCCAUGUUGUGAUAUCCGAGGAACACGGGUGGGUUUUCGUCGGAAUUUAUGAUGGAUUUAAUGGCCCUGAUGCCCCUGAUUAUCUUCUCUCCAAUCUCUAUUCUGCUGUCCACAAGGAGCUCAAAGGGUUGCUAUGGGAUGACAAAUAUGAAUCGUCGUCCACCACCACCCCCUCCUCCGCCACAACCAACCUUGUUCCCGUGGACACCGAUCUUAAUUUGGAAAAUGGUUCAUGCCAGUCCGGUUACUCUGAUAACACAAGGACAACAAAUCGUAUGGAUGAAAAUUGUUUUCAGUAUGUCGAGACGGAGAAUUAUUGUUAUCCAUUUUCCUCUGCUACUGGGGAUCUUAAUACGAAUACGAAGAGGAAUCGUGGCAGGAACUCGAAGCAGAGGUUUAAAGGGGCAACCAAGAAGUGGGAGGAGAGUCAGAGGAGAUGGAAGUGUAAAUGGGACAGAGAGAGAUUGGAGCUUGAUAGGAGGUUGAAGGAACAGUUAACACGCUCCAGUUCUCAAGGGUCGUCGACCAUUAACCUCUCAGAUGUCUUGAAAGCUCUUUCUCAGGCUUUGAGGAAGACGGAGGAAGCCUAUUUAGAGGUUGCGGAUAUGAUGGUAAUGGAAAAUCCAGAGUUGGCGUUGAUGGGUUCAUGUGUAUUGGUGAUGCUAAUGAAGGGAGAAGAUGUCUACUUGAUGAAUGUGGGAGACAGUCGAGCGGUCUUAGCUCAGAAAGCAGAGCCUGACCUUUGCCUCGGAAAAGCUCGCCAGGACCUGGAGCGAAUCAAGGAGGAAACUUUGUAUGAUCUUGAAGCAUUUGACGGUGAUCGGUGCGACACCUUACCCAACUUAGCUGCUAUUCAGCUUACCAUGGACCAUAGUACCUGUGUCGAAGAGGAAGUUCAGAGAAUAAAGAAGGAACACCCAGAUGAUGCUUUAGCUGUGACAAGUGACCGCGUGAAAGGCUCAUUGAAGGUUACACGAGCAUUUGGGGCUGGAUUUCUGAAACAGCCCAAAUGGAACAAUGCACUUCUGGAGAUGUUCAGAAUAGAGUAUGUAGGAACAUCCCCUUAUAUCACCUGCACUCCAUCUCUCUACCACCAUAGACUGGGCAGUAGAGACAGAUUUUUGAUAUUGUCAUCCGACGGACUCUACCAAUACUUUACCAAUGAAGAAGCUGUGUCUCAAGUUGAACGUUUCAUUGCUUCAUCGCCUGAUGGGGAUCCCGCACAACAUCUUGUGGAAGAAGCCCUUUUCCGUGCAGCAAAGAAAGCUGGUAUGGACUUCCACGAAUUGCUUGAAAUACCACAGGGGGAUCGCCGUCGGUACCAUGACGACAUCUCUAUCAUUGUUAUUUCUUUGGAGGGAAGGAUAUGGCGGUCCUGCGUGUAAAUACAGAUACAUAAGAUCCACAAACAGAAAUUAUAGACAUUCACAGAAAACCCACGUCAUUUUUUUUUCUUCCAUUUUUGAAUUCCCGAUCACCUUUGUAAUAUACUGGUUAAACUGCGGAGAGAGAGAGAGAGAGAGUAGUGCCUUGUACGUAUCAGGUGGUGGGAACUGUAAAGGAGGUGUACAAGCCAUUUAAUGUUGAUUCUAUGCUGGCAAAGAAAAUUGUAAUUUUGUAAUAAAGAAUAUUUCUAUCAUGAAUGCUUUGCUACGAAAAGCUGAUAUUCGAGA